AUGGCGGAACGAAAAGUACUAAAUAAAUAUUUUCCCCCAGACUUUGAUCCUGCCAAGCUUCCCAAACUCAAACUUGACAAACACAGACAAUAUGUUGUCAGACUUAUGGCUCCAUUCAAUAUGAGAUGUACAACUUGUGGUGAAUAUAUUUAUAAAGGAAAAAAGUUCAAUGCAAGAAAAGAGACUGUGGAUGGUGAAACAUACUUGGGUUUGGAAAUUUAUCGAUUCUAUAUCCGCUGUCCUCGAUGUAUUAGCGAAAUAACAUUCAAGACAGACCCAGAGAACACGGAUUAUGUUGCAGAGAAAGGUGCAACCAGGAACUUUCAAGCGAUAAAACGGGCAGAAGACGAGGAAGAACGACUCAAGAAGGAACGUGAAGAAGAAGAGCUUAAUAAUCCGAUGAAGGCGUUGGAAAAUAGAACCAAAGAAUCGAAACAAGAAAUGGACAUCUUAGAGAAGUUGGAAGAAUUACGAGAUCUUAAUGCCAGACAUGCCUCAGUUGACCAUGAGAUGCUGUUGCAACAAAACAUGAAAUACGCAAAGGAAAUUGAAGCCAGACAAGAACAAGAAGAUGAAGAACUUGUCCAGUCUGUAUUCGGUCGAAAAAGGCUUGAAAAACGCCUCAGUUCGGAGUCGUCAGAUAGCGAGGAAGAAGGAAGUAAAGGGAAUUUAAAACGCCAACAUCCAGAAAAUGACCAAACUGUGAAAGCGACCGAUGUCCUUAUUGAGGAGAGUGCGAAGUCAUCUGAACCAACCGAAAAGAAAGCCCGAAGUUGGGAGAAAAGUGUCGGUACUCUAAACAAGGUCAGUUUGGGCUCUCUCGUCAAGAAAAAGACAACUCCCAAUGUUGCGAAAGGUAGGAGCACGUCCGCUGAACACGUUGUUGUGGGCUCUAAUAGUAACAGUACUGCCACGGUACCAAAAGCAGGAGGAUUGAGUCUAGUUGGAAAUUACAGCAGCGGUGACUCGUCUGAUGAGACCUGAGCUCUAGCCCUUUUUUGAAGUCUCGACGGAAUUUUCUGCAAGUUGACAGCGCAGGUAAAUGUUGAAUGGCGGUGUGAAUUCGCGGAAGUUCCAGUCCUGUCAAUCUUUAUUAACAAUGCAUACCAAAAAUUCGAAUUCCCGCAUCGACCAAAAACAAAUAGUAUUGUAUUUGCAUAAAAUAUUUUACACCUCGUGAAAUGUGAAAUAUCUUUCAUAGCAAACAUACAUUAUGCACAUGUCUUGUAGAAUAUGUACAUACAUUUUUAGGACAUGAUCAAUUGUAAUAUAUU